AAAAAUAUUACCAUGCCAAGAAAUAAAGCAUCAAAAUCAAAACUUAAGGGUCUUCUACAGAAAAAGGUAAAGCAGUUAGGUCAGGAAGAAUCCAGCUUCACCAGAGUCCAGGAUGAUUCAUAUAAACUUUGUGAUGAUGAAUUCUAUCUCAAUGAACCAAAAGCAAUCCAAUAUGCAUCUACUUAUUUUAGCAGAUACGAGCUCCUCAUGCCUGCGCUUAAGGAAGCCUCAGUUAGGAAAUGGGAUGGGUGUAAAAUAGUCGAUGAGAUCGUUAGCUUAAAGCCAGAGAAAUCAGAGAAAGUUAUUAUUGGCACUCUGUUCAAGGAAAUGAAGCUGAAGCCAUCAGUUGUGCUAGAUAUGGUAGUCCUCCUCGGAAGAGAAAGCGGGCCAUUCAUUGACGAAAGCGACUCCCUCCUUCUUGAAGAUAUCUCCGGUAGAAUGAAAAUAUUGGCAAGCGAUAUAAUGGAUCCUUCUAAGUUUGUCACAGGGACAGUUAUUGCUCUUAAAGGAAAGAUUAACACCAAUGGAUUCUUUGAGGUAUCCGAUUACACAUUACCAGGUGUCCCUCCGAUUAAUAGCUUAAGACAAGAAGAAACAAAGUUUAGCGAAGAGAAAACAUUAUUCAGUGAUCUUGAAAAUAGAAAGUUUAUGGCUUUUGUCUCUGGAAUGGAAUUUGGAAAUAUAACACAGAAAAUACCUACAACAAUGCUUAGUCAGUUCCUUAGCGGAAAUUAUGGAAGCAAACUGGAAAGACUACUCAACAGUAGAGUUGCUAGAAUCUUAAUAGCAGGUAAUCAUAUUGCAGAGGAAUCAGAUAUUGACGAAGUAAUCAAAGGAUCCUUCAGAACCCAUGAUAUUAAUGAGAAGGUUUAUACUAAUAUCUCAGGUUCUAUUGAGCAAUUCGAGUGCUUUGUAAAAGCCAUUUCACAAGUUUGAGAAUUAGAUAUUAUCCCAGGAGAUAAUGAUAUAGCAGGAGCUUUCCUACCUCAACAGCCUCCUAAUGUAGCUUUAUUCCCUCAGCUUCUCAAAAAUGAUAAUAUUGUUUUCUCUACAAAUCCUCAUCAAUUCGAAAUUAAUGGCAAGAAGUUCCUAGGCACUUCAGGUCAAAAUAUCAAGGACAUUUGUAGAUUUAGAGAUAUGAAAGAGAAAACAGAGUGUGAUAUCCUAUGUGACACCCUCCAAAUGAGACAUAUUGCUCCUACUUGACCAGACACACUCAGAUCAUUCCCAUUCAUCUCAAAUGAUCCUCUUGUGAUCAAAGAGUGCCCUAACGUAUAUUUCUCGUGUAAUGCUGAGGAAUUUGGAACCAAACUUGAUAAAGAAGAGUCAGAAUAUAUCAGAUGUGUAACAGUCCCUUCAUUCUCUAAAACUAGUGAGAUUGUCUUCCUAGACUUAGACAGUCUUGAAGUAUAUUCCUAUAAGAUUGCAGUAGAAAGGGACGAAAACCACGAAGUUAAUAUGGACUAUUAAUUUCAAUACUUGGGAAU